UUUAAUCUUGUACAGCCUUCGGACUCAUGCACCAGCCUUUCUAAAUGCUCACAUGGGUGGAACAUGCUGAAUCCAUGCGGCCUGGUCGAUUUUUUACAUCUGGUGUCUGGACGUAGUACGGACUCCUGAUUUAAAUAAUCGGGGGAUACAUAUGCAUGAAGGAGAACUAACACCACUCAAACACCCCGAACACGACGUAGCUUUCGCUUUCUUGUCUCGAGUCGAUUCAUCUUUGCAAUCUCAGGGCCUGCUAAGGGAAGACCAUUGAUACGUCCGCCUAUGGGUCUACAUCCUGCUGGUUCCACCGAUACUGGAGUCGAGGAACAUCGCCCAGACACAUCAUGCAAUGUUGUCAUUUUCGGAGAAGCUGGAGCUGGUAAAAGCUCCUUGAUCAAUUUGAUCGCUAGAACGACAAUGGCGCAGACAUCCCACGACGCUAGGGGAUGUACAACUGAGACCAAUGGAUAUGACAUUAUGAUUCAGGACAACACGUUAAAGGUAAAGCUUUUCGAUACGGCCGGUCUUGAUGAGGGUCCUAGAGGUGCAGUCCCCGAUGAGGAAGCUCGACGACUCGUGAAGAACCUCCUUCGAACUCUGAUGGAUCAAGGCGGCAUUCAUCUCGUCAUGUACUGCGUGCGGGGUGAGAGAGCGAUUUCGGCACUCCGCCGUAACUACGAGUUCAUCCACUCCCAAGUUACGAAACAAGUUCCAAUUGUCCUCGUCGUCACAGGUUUGGAGAACUAUGAACCAGACAUGGAAGAAUGGUGGAGGGUUAAUGAGCGAAGCCUCGGGAUGAGUUUUGCUGGCCACGCAUGUGUCACCACGGCGCCCGAUAAGAAUCCAGGAUCUCACCUCGCGGAGCGCCGCAACCAAUCAUACGAUGCUAUCUGCAGCCUCAUCAAGCAGUCAAUGACCAAGCGUAAAAAAGUCGUCCUCUUCGGGCAGACAGGAGCAGGGAAAAGCUCACUUAUCAACCUCAUGGCGGGAAAGGACGUAGCAGUCACGUCCAAUGACGCGAAACGCCACACUAUGCACUCGGCAGAAUAUGACAUCGAAUUCGGUGGCGACUCUUAUAAGGUGUUCGAUACCAUCGGACUCGAGGAACCACAGCCGGGACUCUCACAGUACCUUAAAACCGUCAAGAAUGUCUACAAGCUCAUCCGGAAUUUGGAGAGACAAGGCGGCAUUGAUCUGUUUUUGUUCUGUAUGCCCGGAGGCAGACUCACUGCUACGGUUGAGAACAAUUACCGGCUGUUUCACGAAUUCCUCUGCAAGAAGAAAGCUCCCGUUGUUGUAGCGAUCACACACCUCGAAGAAGAGGAGGGUGCGAUGGAAGCCUGGUGGGAGAGACACAAGGAAACAUUCCUCACACAGGAUGACGGUGCCGCUGGUCAUGCGUGCAUCAUCACCGCUGAUCGGCAUGGAAAAUACCCAGACCUGUAUGAAGAAUCGCGCGUCACGAUCCACAAACUUGUCAAGGAGUGUAGUGCCAACGGGCAGAACCAAGCAAGGGUAGGAGAAAACAAGGGGCGUAAGUUGAAGGAGCUAUUUGCAAGGACAUUGCAUGCGAGGACGGAUAUCAUCAUUCGCCUCAUGUCUUACGGUAUGUCUCGAGAUGUCGCCGCCCGGUUGGUUGAUAUCAUAGACGCGAAGGAGCUGCUUGGCUCCCGGUGUAUUUGUACCAGUUGAGCGUGAUU